ACCCCAGCGGCAGCAGCAGCUGUAGGGGUUGAGGGGAGCCGCCGCUGUGGUCACAUUAAAAACUGCAUCGCCUUUUGUGACAACUGUAGAUCAGUGAGCCAUCAGCUCCUUCCCCGCUCUCCUCACAGGGACUUGUAGUUUUUAGUGUAAAGGACGCCGCCGCUCGGUAGAGGCCUUUGUGAGAGUAAAACUACAGUUCCCUCAGAGCUACUCGGAGGUGUUAGUUGUCAAUAUGGCUGUUGUCAGACAGACAAAGCAGAGAGGCAAAUAAUUCGCCUCUGAUUAGAAAUCCUUGGAAAGGGGUCGGACAGGGCACUGUAAUCAUAUUGCAUUAUUGUUCGGCUGCAGUAAAAGGCACAGCGGGUCUUUGCUCAAGUUCUAAAGUUAAAUGGUUAAGUGGACGAUUUGAACCGAGCAGCAGGAUGUCUGAGUUCAGCGAGGAGCCGCGCUUCACUAUUGAGCAGAUAGAUCUGCUGCAGCGGCUGCGUCGCACCGGCAUGAACAAGCAGGAGAUCCUGCACGCGCUUGAAACUCUGGACCGGCUGGACCGGGAGCAUGGCGACAAGUUUGGCCGCCGCACCUCUUCCUCCUCCUCCUCCUCGUCCUGCUACGGAGUAGGCGGGGCAAACAGCUGCACCAACAACUCUGCCUCUAAUACUACUACAUCAUUCAACAAUAACAGCACUGCCUCGGCAACCACCACCUCUUCCGUGACAUGCAACGGCAACAACAACGGGGAGGGCGGCUCCGGCGAUCACUCUGCAGCCGCCGCCUCCUCCACGACCUCCAAAAUCUCCACUGCCACGCAGACGCAGUUUGGCAGCGGAGGGGGACUCUCGCCAUCUCCAAGCAACAGCUAUGACACCUCCCCGCCUCCAGGCCCGCCGCCGCCUUCUGCCAUCUUGCCCUCUCCGGUCUCACUGGUGGCUCUGUCACAGAACGGCCGUGAUAGCCUAGCUGCCACGCCCAACGGGAAGCUGUCUCCUCCAAGAUACCCAGUGAACAGUGCGGCUGCAGCACGAGCAUUUGGGUUUGAAGCUACAGAAGAGGACCUGGACAUUGACGAUAAGGUGGAGGAGCUGAUGAGGAGGGACAGCAGCAUGGUGAAAGAGGAGAUCAAAGCGUUCCUGGGGAACAGGAGGAUCUCUCAGGCAGUGGUGGCACAAGUUACCGGCAUCAGCCAGAGCAGGAUCUCCCAUUGGCUACUGCAGCACGGCUCCGACCUGAGCGAGCAGAAGAAGAGGGCCUUCUACCGCUGGUAUACGCUGGAGAAAACUACACCAGGUGCCACUCUAAACAUGCGGCCAGCUCCGUUACCUCUGGAGGAAAUGGAGUGGAGGCAAACCCCGCCCCCCAUCACCACUGCCCCUGGAACCUUCCGGCUGCGUCGAGGAAGUCGCUUCACUUGGAGAAAAGAGUGCCUGGCUGUGAUGGAGAGCUACUUCAACGACAACCAGUACCCAGAUGAGGCCAAACGGGAGGAGAUAGCAAACGCCUGCAAUGCUGUUAUUCAAAAGCCAGGGAAGAAGCUGUCUGAUCUGGAGAGGGUUACCUCCCUGAAAGUUUACAACUGGUUCGCCAACCGUCGCAAAGAGAUCAAGAGACGGGCUAACAUUGAAGCCACAAUCCUGGAGAGUCAUGGGAUAGAUGUCCAGAGUCCAGGGGGACACUCCAACAGUGACGACAUCGAUGGGAACGACUUCUCAGAGCAGGCAUGUGACCUACCCUAUUUUGACAAGAGACCUCUAAGCCGACCUUUUGGCCUUUACCGACUGGAGCCCACCUCACCAACACAGGAUGACAGUGCAGCACACAGCGAGCACCAGGACCCCAUCUCUUUGGCUGUGGAGAUGGCUGCCGUCAACCACACCAUCCUGGCCCUGUCCAGAACUGGAGGGGUCCCCAACGACAUCAAGACGGAGUCCCUGGAGGACGAAUGAACUGCACAGUAAAUGGGAUGGAGGAAGCGGAAGAGAGAAACGACAGAGUCGAGAGGGGAGAGAAACGAGGAGUUAAAAAAAAAAGAGACCAAAAUAAUGCUACUUAGUAAACCUUCUGAAUCUGUCCGUCAGCCAGCCCCCUGCCAGCUGUUCCUCCUCUCUCGGCUUCCCUCCUCCACUCCCCUCCCCCCACAGAGUCCAUGUAAACAGUAAUUACCCACCACCCCCAUCUCACCCUACCCAAUAUAUUGACACAGCUGGCGGAAAUGGGUCACUAUACAUCCUAUGAAAAUGUUCCACAUAAAGAAGAAAAGGGGGCAAUCAAGGCCUUUAACCCCCAAAACGGUGGCCCUCGUCUGGGAUUUGUGUCUCCCGGGAACUCCCCUCUCCUCCCUGAAUACACUCUCUCCUCACAGGAUACCUCUUCUCUUCCCUCUCCUCUUCCUUACUCCCCCUCUCCUUCCCUCUCCAGCCUGGUUGUCUGAGCCGAUCCUCAGUCUAUCUCACCUCAGCGUCAACCUCAGAAAAAUAACGUGUACUGUAUAUAUAAUAUAUAUAUGGUUCUUAUGGUUCUCAGUCACACUCUACCUACCUACAUAACCCUCAAAAUGCACCCUCUUCAUUGUGCAAUUCACCUGAAGAGCAGCCUCCAGCCUUUGUGCGGGGAAAGAUGGAUGGUGAGAGUUUCCUUCUCGCCCUGUCUGGCACCGAGGCAGUCAGUAAGGAUAAUAUCAGCAGACAGAACUGUCCAGUCACUGUCUCAUAUCCUCUAUAGUUCUUAUUCCUCAGUGGAGUGGCUUUUUGCUUUUUUACAGUAGACCUGCUGUUGGAUGAAAACCUCAAAAAAGACGUAGCCUUAAAUUCAUACAGACAACUCCACUUUUACUUUUUGCAGUAUAUGGCAGGUUUUUUUCCUGACAACAGGGAACGACCAGGAAUUUUUUAGUAUGCAUAAAAAAAGCCAAACUUAAUGUGAAGGUUUAUGUCCAGCAGCAGCAGUGGUUUUAGUUCUCUCACCUGCAUUUCCCUCUGGUUUUAGCCCACGUGGCGACUGGAUAUACAAUCAUUUUUGCCUUGGUAUUUAGCUUCCCAGUGACACUAUCGUUAAGUACUUGAGGCUAUGAGAAUCAAUUUAGGGUCAAUGUGAUAAUCAAGCAAACUUAAGCUAUCUAAUAAGGGGAAUUGUGCUUUGUUUUAAAUGUCAUCCAUGCCAAAGGAAAAGAUGCUCGGAGCAAAAAGCUAAGAGGCAAAGCUAAGACUGAUCUGAAACUGACGUUCAUCCAAAGCGAUUUCUACUAACUCCUUUGGCGCCCGUAGGUUGUUUGUCCCGCUCAGUGAAGCCUCUUGAGCCAGCGUGCCAUCGCGUGCAGGCUGGACACUACAGCAGGCCUGUGUCAGUAAUGAUAGGUAUUAGCAGCCACACAUAUAAUGAUAAAAUACCCCUAAGCUAUUUACUACUUGUUCUGUGACGCUGCCUCUUUAUAAUAGCCUAAAGAAUGUGCUUUCAGAAGAUUUUUUAAAUAUCAGUGGUAUCAAAUUAGACGAAAUCCACACUGGAAAUGGUUUAGAAUAUCAGAACUUCUAACUGAGGUGAUCUCUGUUUUAAUUUCAUCUAUGUAGUCUCAAAGAUUAAAGCACCACUUUGAAGGGAAUCAAAGACAUUUUAAGUGGUGAUAUUGGAAAUAAUUUUCCACUUUUUUUGCCCAUGGUGGAACUUCUCCAAAACCAUCUUUGAGCGGAGAUAGUGGUAAUGUCAGAAGCAGAGACAAAGUCCUGCUGUGUUCCUUAAAGGUUCCUUGGGGCUUACUAAUUGCCGAGUAUUAAUGCCUUUUCAGUCAAAGACUGAUAUCUGAGGAAGUUACAUGAAAGGUUUGAUGACUGUACGCGUAACAUGAGGCUAGAGCCAGGAGAUGGUUAGCUUAGCUUAGCUUAGCAUUAAGGCUAGAUACAGCGAGCCUGGCUCUGUCCAAAGAUUAGAAGUCUGCCCACUAGCACCUCUAAAGCUCAGUAAUUAAUCCUUUAUAUUUUGUCUUGUUAAAGCCAUACUAAAAACUAAGUUCGAAAAAGACAAGUUGUUAUUUUACAGAUGGUUAUGUGCUGAUUUUUUUUGGCCAGGCUCAGUGACUUCCUGUGCCCUUCUUUUAUAUAUGAGAUAUAAUGUGUUAAUCAGUGAGCUUUUAAGGGGCUUAUAGAAAUAUAUUUUCACUUUUGGACAGAGUCAGGCUUGCUGUUUUCUCUUCCAGCCUCUAUGCUAAGCUAUGCUAACUGUCUCCUUCUUGUAGCAUCAUACUUAGCAUAGAGACAUGAGAGUGGUAUCGAUCCCAUCUAACUGUUGGCAAGAGAGAACGCAAAUAUAUUUCUUGAAAUGUCAAACUGUUGCUCUCAAGGAACUCUUGCCUCAGGCCUCAUUUCCACUGUACAGUAUGGCUUGACUCAGUCAGAACUUUUCUUUUUGUUGUGGAUAGUACCUGAUACAUUUUUAAAACCACCUCGGUCAAGGAUUCAAGCGAGCUAAGGCGGUAAUAAAAGGUGGAGUUAAAACUAGGGCUGGACAUCUAUUUGAAUAUUAAACACAAUUUUGGCUUCCCACAAUUAAAUGAACAUGAUCCACUACGAUAUUGACGUUUAAAAUGCUUUGCUCAUAGAAAACUCCACUGCAUAUUUAAAUUAAGUACUUCCUAAACUAACAGCCAGCCUCCACUUCUCAAGAGCUGUCAUGCUGCUUCUUGUGCAACCUGCAACAUGAGCUUGUGAAAAACAUUCCUGAAUGUUGCGACUGCAGACGGGCAAAACAAAAAUCAUGCGUCAUCAUCCGUUCUUUGGAAGUAUAUUGGUAAGGAGAAAACAAAUCACAUGCAAACAGUGUAUGAGACUUGUGUCUGCGCCUCAAAGCAACAACUUCUUAAACUGUUUGAAAAACACCACAAUCUGCAUCAAGAUGAAUGCAUCAAGGCUGGGAAGAAUAACAUCGCUAAUGUUGGCAUUAUCCCUGUCCUCCUUGGCCAGUGUCAACUUAGACGUCCAUGACAGUGACACUGCAGCACGUCAUGGUAUCGUGACCACUGUAUAAAAAAACCAAACAGAACAAAACACAGCAGCAGAUAUGUAUUGAAAGCAGGUGCACUGCAUUCAGAUGAAGAACCUUAUUUUAAGUCUUACUUUGAUGCAAUAAUAGCAGGAAUGUAGCACAACAUGGAAGUAAAAGCAGUGCUUUGUUGAUUUAAAUGUGAAAGCAUCAUAACAAUAUUUUGUCCCCAAAAACAUUUAGGGCUGCAUGAUAGUAUUGGCACGUCUUUGGUAUAGGCCAAUAUCAGCUAUAAAAUGAACUAGCCACUAGCCAAAACUAGCCAGAAUUAGCCAACAUGCUUUUUCUUAUUUAGCACAAUAGAUGAAUAUUACAUAUAUUGAAAAGCGUUGUAUUUUAUGACUCCAUCUGCUGGUGGCUCAUCAUGAUGAGAGUAUGCAUGCAUAAUGUGGUGUUAAUUACACUACAGAAGAGACUUAAUGAUCACUAAAAUAGAAGUUGGGAAAAAAAGUGGAUAUGAUACCAUGAUAUUGGUAUUGGUUAUCGGCACAUUGAAUAUCAGCAAAAAGUCCAAUAUUGUGCAUCCCUGAAAAUGAUUAAUGAAUAAUUAAUGUUCGUUAGAAAUAACAAUCUCAAUAUUGAUGAAAAUCAGGAUUAUCAUUUUGGCCAUAAUCGUGCAGCUCUAGUUUAAACUAGAGCUGCACAAUAGUCAAGCUAGCUUCAAAAGCAACCACUUUUUUUUAUUCCCUUGACCCAGAUUUUUAAAAAUGGCAGCCCACUAAACCACGCUGUGGUCAGUUUAAGAACGUUCUGCUGUUCGGUUGCUGACGAAAGGAUGGCGCUACAAUGACGUCACAGCAGUUUGAUGGGGUGUGCGAUCAACUGAUAAUCCUGCCUACUAUCUGCAGUGGAAAACAAAAGGAGAAAGGUACUGAUAUUAAAAGUGAGCUGAGUAGAGUUGAGUUGAACCAUUCAGUGUAAAUGAGGCAGUAGUGAUGGUUUUGGAGAACUGUGGAAAUAUUCUUCAAAGCAGGAUUAAACAACGUAGUUAACCAGAAAUCACUAUAAUUCUUCAUGUUUUAAAAAGUCAAAUAUGGCCAUGAAUGAUGUUUGAAAUCAUCUGUAAUCUGGAUCCUGCUUGUAGAAUAGCUCCCAGCCUUGGGCUCUAAUCUAGUAAAGCUCUAUUUAAAUAUAUUGCCUGUGUGUGUGUACGAAGCUGCGAACACAGUGACUCAGUACUGGGAACUGUGUUUGAAAAAGAAAGGGUUGAAAGAUAAAAACAAUAUGUAUUUAUACUCAUUUUUUAUGGUAAUGUACAAAAAAGAAUGACAGAUGUUUUGAAAUGAAACAUGCUUUUAUUGUUAAAUUAAUCAUGCUUUUUAAUUUCUCCUCACUUGCUUUUCUAUUAUCAUUUAAAUUGUUUUUCUUUUGUGUCAUCCCUUAUUUGACUGAACAACAGUCUCCCCGUUUGUGUCUGAGGUAGUAAGCUAUUUUGUGAAAGAUGAAAAACGUUGCACCUUAUUUAAAAUAAGAAUCGCUGUUAAAGUGUAACCUUCCCUCCCCUGAGCCUUCCUUUGAAAUGGCAAACGUCCAGUAUACUGAUAUGGGGCCGGUGCGGGAAAACAUUUCAGCACAGCUGCUUCACACACACACCAUAUCAUAUUAAAUCAAAGCCCCAGUAUGUGCUGUUAUCUCCACACCAAGAACGCCACACCAAACUCCAUCGUGAGAUUUUGGUUUCUUAAUAGUGAUAUUCUUGCAAAAUGCAUAACUCAUACAAUAUGGCUUUGAGAAAUGGUAACAUUUAUAAAGACAAUAGACACUUUACUAAGGUUAGUAUGAAAAUAAAGUGCUGAUGUUAUUCAAAACACAAUAAAAUUCAGUCCCUCCAGAAUUUCAAUUCUGUUUUUGGGAUUGUUGCAGCCCUCAAUGUCUGAUUUCACUGCAGCUUUUCCAAAAAAAAAAAAUUUAAAAAAAAAAAUCCUAUUGCGUGUUGCAAUGUUUAUAGACAUUUUUUGAAAAUUUCUUACUAUGAAUAUUCAGCGUUACCUGCAGAAUUAGGGCCAAAACACACCAGAGACGAGUGCCACACCCCCAAAAAUAUGCCCCUGUUAUUUUCAAUGUACAACCCCACACGAGUGGCAGCUAGAUACACGUCAGCACUCUUGGAUGCGUCACUGUGCACCAUUUCACACCACUGUCUUUUUUCCAGUCUCACCACUCCAAGAAUUAAAUGUGUUUCCCUCACUUGCUCUCUGCUCGUACAUACCUGCUCCCAUAGCAGCUCUUUUUCUCUGCUUCUUUGGAAGCUUGACUCCUUUCCUCACCAAUGUUGUACAAAAAAAUUGAUGCUGUGUCUCUUGUGUGACAAAAAAUUAAUGAGAUCGGCGCAGCGCUAUUGAUGGCCAAAUGAAGCCAUGUGAAGCAUUGUCUUUAUUUUCUGAGCCCACUAGAUGCCGCUCUUGGUCUAAAGAGAGAGGCUCAAAGAAUGGUAAUUCAGUGGGCUUUCAACCUUUGGUUGAACAAGAAGCGCCAUCUAGUGGGCUCAGAAAUUAAAGACAAUGCUUCAAGGCUUCAUUUGGCCAUCACUAUGCAGCGCUGAAGGGCUGUCUCCUUGAUCUGCUUUCCUUGUGUUUUCUCUGCCCUAUUAGCACAAGCUAACACAAGACAACAUGAUGUCAUCAGCACUCAUCAUAUUUUGCAGCAGUGGUCUACAUCCACCGCCAAGACAUUAACGUAGAUCCUUGGCUCAACUCUGUUUUUAAACCUGUUAGUAACCAUUGGGUAACGGUAGCCAUUACUAACAUUUGCUAACAGGUAGCACUGUCACUUUGCGUGUGUGUUUGUGUGUGUGUGUGUGUGUGUGAGAGACUCCGUUGUCUCAGGUGCAGAGCUCUGGUCCUGCAGAAGUAGUCUCAUGAUAAACAGCGAAAGAGAGGGGUUCCCUGAAUCAAUAUCUCGUGCGCAGCUAUAUAAUAAAAUGAGAUUUUACUCAUUUUAAAUAGUCACAAUCGCGGUAAAGUUGCAGUGAUUGGACACAAUUGAAGUUUGCACAGAAUUCACUGGGAUUGGCUGUAUUCGAUUCAAUUAAGUUCUUUUUUUUAUUUUUUUUAUUGCAACAUCACACCAUCCUGGAGGGACUGAAAAUUGUUUGGAUGCUGCAGUUUGAUUAAAUGUGUUCCAUGUAUGACAGUUUAAAGGGACUAACAGAAAUGGCCAAGACAGAGCUAGGAGGCUGAUCAACUGUAUGUUUGACCAAAAACUAAACUUUGAAGUGAACUAUUCCUUUAAAACUUGAGACUUAAAGAUCUGAAGAGGAGCACACACUUAUUAGAAUUGACUUGUACUACUCACUUGUAUAUGCAGAGUAUAUGCUGAUAAAACACUUUUUAAAAUGAACAAGCAAAGUGUUUCUUCUAUUUGAAGGAUUUGUGUCUGGAGUUUGGUGUGAUGCUCUGUCUCCGUACAAAGAAUAUUGUAUGUUUGAAAUAAGUUGCGUGUGGAAGGAAAAGAGUACAAAGAGUGCAUUUAGAGAUUAUUCUCUCACUGUAAAACACUUUAAAAAAAUAUGAAUUGCCUUAGUGUUUGAGAGAUGCCAUGGCCCAAUUAGCAAGUACAAGUUUUAAUCCAGCAGUAUUUUAUGUGAGCGUUCAAGCUUGACAGAAAUGUUUAUGGGAUGGAAGAAAGAACCCUCAGGUGCUCAAGAAGAUUCUGUGCUUUUCCAAGAGAAAACUGGAAACAGAUUAAUCUUUUUAACACACUGAAAUCUGAAACAGGCUUUCCCCACCCAGUGUCGUGUGUACUCCAGUGGUAGUGCUUACUCUGAAGGGGUGUCCUCUCGUGGUGUGUCAGGGUCAACAUGUCUACAUGUCCUUCUGUGUCCCCAGUGAAAACACCAUCCACUUCAUCCCAAUAUAGCUCUGAUAAAGAGGACUGAAUGCUGUUGUAUCAAUCUCAAAUCUAGUUAUGUUCAAAAUUACUGUAUUGCCCAUUUCAGAAUUUAGUGCCUUUUUUGGACAGUAGACUGUUCUGUAAUUAAGAUGUAGUAUAUAUACAUUUUUUUGUACAGUUUCUUUGUUCAUUUUUUAACUUGUGUUUAUUUUAGUAUGAUAUAUAUAUAAUGUACAAGAGAAUAAAGCUAUAUC